AUGUUGAAGGCACCUGGACACAUCAAGUGUAUAUUCUAUAGUGAGUUCCACCCAAAGAAAGGCCCUCGAAUAACGUAUCAGGUGCCCACGAAUUAUAUCAGUAAAGAAGUGUUCGAUGCUCUACACGUUUACAUCAUCACCAAACCCGAAUUGCAGACCCGGCUGAUCACAACAAACGCACUGGGCCAUACGAUUGUGGGAUGCCCAGUGUGUAUCGAUGGCGUCAAGUACAAACGCAAUGCCCUGAUAUUUAACCUCUGUCUGGUUUUUGAUGUGGACACCCCGACUUCUAAAUACGAAGUGGUGGUGAAAAAACUCUCCACUUAUCUGACACAAUUAGAGCUGGAUAGAGGGUUCCUAUCACAGGUAGACAGCAAGAAAAUGUUACCGGACAUGCUCCACAUUAUACGGGCAGAGCUGAAUAGGAAUGGAUAUUGCAGCAUCUCAGUAAACGAGGUUGACACGAUUCAUCUUAAGGUGUCCCCUUACGUUACCCAGCUCCCCCAAAUAGAAGACCAAGACGUUCCCCAGCUGCUACCAGAGUUCGAAACUCUCAGUGCUCAGGAUUGGGAUCUCACAACACAACAAAUCAUUGGUUUUAUAGAUGGCUUUAAUCACGUUGUACGGAUUGCUUCGGAGGCGGGAGUUGAAUCGAACCUGGUGAAAGCCUGUGUGCAGAAUUUGCUGCACUACAAAGUAGUAAAACUGACAAGUAGUUUUCAGUACUCUAAUGUGUACACAACUACACCUAGACUAGCGGACCUGUCCGGAGACAAAAACCUGCAGGAGAAGUGCAUUAAGUUUGUGACAAAUCAUGGGUGUUCAGUGCCCACAUUCCGAGACGUGUUCAUGUUUUACUGCAGUUUUACCCCGGGGACGACUGUCAGGGACCUGUGUGUAAGGUAUAACCCCUCCGGGCUUCGCAUAGACGAGAAGAAACUGGUUCAGUAUGGACUGAUGAAAGGAUACAUUAGGCGAUUGUACAAGUACCCAAUUAAACUGCUAGACGCUGAGUACACCAAGGGGAAACAACUCUACGAAUUUUGCAAUGGUUGUCAUAAUUAUGACGAAAUAUGCUGUAAAACAGGCUUAAGUACUCAGGAACUGGAAGAGAAGUUGGAGAAAGACCCAAACAUAGUUAUUAUAUGGAAAUAA